GAAAUUAAUAACUAUAAACUAGAUUAGAAGCAAUAAUAAACCACCACAACAUUAAAAUAUUAAAACUUUAAAUUUUGUUAUUAUUUGUAUUACACUUUUUUUUUUUCUAUUUAACAUAAUAAUAAACUAUAAAUAUGGGUGAUGUUAAUUUUUUACAAAAAGCAAUUCAAAUAGUACAACAGGCUACAGAACAGGAUAACGCAAAGAACUAUGCCGAAGCACAUAAAUUAUAUAUUCAAAGUUUAGAUUGGUUUACAACAGCUUUAAAAUAUGAAAAAAGUGAAAAGUCAAAAGCAACUAUUAAAGCAAAAACUUUGGAAUACUUACAAAGAGCAGAACAAUUAAAAGAAUAUUUAGAUAAAUCAAAAAAUAAAAAACCUGUAGCAGUUGGUGGUAGUAAAACCAAUGGUAAUACAAAUAAACAAAAAGAUGAAGAUGAGGAUAUGGAUCCAGAGGAUAAAAAGAGAAAUGACUCACUCUCAGGCGCAAUUGUAACAACCAAACCAAAUGUUAAAUGGGAUGAUGUAGCUGGUUUAUACCAAGCUAAAGAAUAUUUAAAAGAAGCUGUAGUUUUCCCAAUUAAAUUCCCACAAAUGUUUACAGGUAAUAGAAAACCUUGGAAAGGUAUUUUGUUAUAUGGUCCACCAGGUACUGGUAAAUCUUAUUUAGCAAAAGCUGUUGCAACUGAAAUUUCAUCAACAUUCUUUUCAAUUUCACCAUCAGAUAUUGUUACAAAAUGGUUAGGUGACAGUGAAAAAUUAGUUAAGCAGUUAUUUGAAAUGGCAAGAGAGAAAAAAAACAGUGUUAUUUUUAUUGAUGAAGUUGAUUCAUUAUGUUCAUCCCGUAAUGAUCAAGAAUCAGAAUCAGCAAGACGUAUCAAAACUGAAUUUCUUAUUCAAAUGAAUGGUGUUGGUAAUGAUUCAGAUGGUAUUUUAGUUUUAGCCGCUACAAAUAUCCCUUGGGGUUUAGAUUUAGCUAUUCGUAGACGUUUUGAAAAGAGAAUUUAUAUAGGUCUCCCAGAACCACAAGCCAGAGCCAAAAUGUUCCAACUCCAUAUUGGUCAAACACCAAAUACUUUAAAUCCUGGAGAUUAUAAAAAAUUAGCCGAACUCACUGAUGGCUAUUCAGGUUCUGAUAUUGGUUCAUUAGUCAAAGAUGCAAUUAUGCAACCUGUUCGUGCUGUUCAAACUGCUACUCACUUCAAAAGAGUAAGAGCACCAUCAAGAGAGGACCCCUCUGUUAUGGCUGAAUUCCUUACUCCAUGUUCACCAGGUGAUCCUUUAGCUGAAGAAAUGACUUGGGUUGAUAUUGAAGGCUCACAGCUUAAAGAACCAGAAAUUACUCUUGCCGAUUGCUUAAAGAGUAUUAGAGCUAUUAAACCAUCAGUUAACAAAGCAGAUUUAGAAAGAUAUGUCGAAUUUACUAACGAUUUUGGUCAAGAUGGUGUUUAGAUAAUAUAAAUAAUAAUAAUAAUAAUAAUAAUAAUAAUAAUAAUAAUAAUAAUAAUAUAAUCAAUAAUUUUGAAAAUAUUAAUAUAUUUUCCAAUUUAAUCCUCCUUUAAUACCUAAAUUUGUAAAAAAUAAAUAAAAAAAAACUAUAAAACUUUUUUAUAAUGUUUAUAU